AUGCGAGUGUGCGCUCUUGGCGCUGCACGAGGCGCACGGUUCUUAGGCCAAGAUGAGCUGCACAGACGUGAUGAAGUAGGCGAGACGAUGAGAUGUACCGGCUGCGGCAACAGCUUAUCAGAUAAAAUUUUUGCUCCAAGCACUCCGCUGACCGAACUGCGACUCUGGUGUGUGCCAGUCGGCAACCUUGACAAUCGUUUCCGCAACCACAGCGUAGCGAUUGCGGCAUCUAUGGCGCGGCGGUUUCGCUGUGAACCGCGGCAGCAGCAGCGGGAGACGUGCACGACGACGUCGAUCCCAUCUCGAACCGGCUCUGCCACAAUUGGGAAAAAAGAGAAAGGGUCCAGCAACGGGCUUGACACAAACAGGAUCAAGAAGAUCGUCUUUGCUCGUUGCGGUUGGACUCCGAUGCGACUGCUGUAG